AUGAAAAAUUCAAAUGCGCAAGUCCCUGGCUAUCGUUCAAGUAAGAAGCAAUAUUUUCGCGAAAAUGGCACAGGAAAACCGAACAGAAGAAAUCAUUCAACGGAAAAGUCAAAAUCCAAGAAGAGUCAUGGACGUUCUCAUCAACGUUCUAAGCCAGAUUCGCGUUCCGUGUCCUCUAUUCUUCCACCUCCGCCUGUUCCGCCUAAACGGAUGGAUCGAGUAGAACGUGAUAAUAAAAUUUCUUCAACAAAAUCCUCUACUAGCACUUAUUCUACGAGUACCUCUACAGGCACAUAUUCCUCAUCUAGCACUUAUUCUUCUUCAUCUAAUUCUAGCUCAGAUAGGUAUAUAAAAUUUUAUUUUAACAAACCCCUGAAUUUUAGCUGCUCUACAUGUUCAUUCAAUGACGAAGCGAACGAUGAUCCACAAAAUGAAGAGGAGAAAGACGUGAAAAAACUUAAACCAAUUCAAGAAGACGAAAAACCACCUUUAAUAAAAACUGAAAAACAGCCUCACAAUCAGGUAGAAAAACAGCCUCAGGAAGUAAAGACAACGGAACACCCUCAAGCUUCGAUACAGAAGAAAGAAGCGAGCGACUCUAACAUGCCGUCAACGUCAUCAGGGCCAUGUUCCUUAACUGCUCGUCUUCGAACUGUUUUUCUCCGACAUGUAAAUAUUCCGUUAAAUAGAACAGAUGCGACACUAAAAGAUCCUAGAAGGCGUGAUAAAGAAGAAAAGAAAGAAAGUAUGGAUCUGGAAUUACCAAAAUUUGCGGUUAAAUUGAAACUUCCUAAACGAGAGAAUUCUGAAGUGAAGCAACGACUUCCAAAAUCAACAGAUUCAAAAUCAAAAGAAUUUACGAGCGAGGAUUCCUUCGUUGGAACACCACUACAAAAAUUAGAGUCUGAAGGAAGUCGAAGAAACUCGUUAGAAGAGAAAAACAUCAAAAGUGAAAUUGGUAAACUUUCGUUGACUUUACGCUCGUUAAGCAAGACCAGUGCUUUGUUCAAAGAAAUUAACAAUAAAAUCGAUGCUCGAAAAACAAUUUUAAAUAUGGAAAAAAAUCCAAAAGAAGGUCAAAAGGAGGUGAAUAUUCAAAAAAUGGAACAAGAGAUGAAACAAUUUUUAGAUGUGUUUUCCAUUUCUUCAAGUCUAUCUUCCGUUUCUAACUUGACUGGAGACUUUUUACACCAACAUGUAGAUAAUGAGGCUUCUACAAGUCAUAGUUUAGAAGAGACGAAAGAGAAAACAAAUGAUCACCAAAAUCGGUUACCUCAUUUGACCAAUCUGUCUCGUGAAGAUUCUACUUCGACAAGCAUUGACUUACAGGAAAGAAGAAAUACAUUACCAGCAAAAUCAGUAACUGAACCUGUUGCCGUUUGCACACAAAAACAACAAAUACAACCAAAAAGUUGUUUAGCUCCUAUUAUUAGACAACGCGCAUCCUCUUCCACAAGCAUUACUCAUUCAAUAGAAGAAUGUUCGUCUCCUUUUGUGAAACAAAUUGAAUCUGUUCCUGAUUUUGAUGUUCAAUCAGCAAGACUUAACAACACUCAACAAAAAUCUAAUGAAGCUACCUCACUUCCAAAAAUUGAAAAAGAUGAAAAUGAUAACAACAGCUCUCCUCAACCUUUAAAAAAGUCAUCAAUAAUUCUCAAAAAGCCUUCAGUAGCGCCUUUACCAAUUCAGAAUCUGCAACAACAACAACAAUUGAAUAAACCGUUAAAUAUAACUCCAAAAUUGAAAACCGAGCCGAAAAAAUUAAUAACAACGCCAACUCUAACGACUCCAACAUUAUCAGAUACCUGUGAAAAGAAAUCAAAAUAUAAAUUUUGUGAGAAGGAUCAGCCUAAAGAUUUAAAAGUCAAACAACAUUCUCUUGCCAAAAUGCCGUCAACUUCAUCCGCUAGUUUAAUCCCGAAAAAAAUCAGCUUGUCAAAAGAUGAAAAAUAUAAAGAUUCUGACGAAAUAAGGAAGACAAAGGCAUUUUCUGUUGGCAGUAAAGAUCAGUUAAAAUCGAUUUCUAAGAAGAAGGGGACGUCUGAAAUUGAUUCAGUUACAGAUGGGAAACACUUGCGAAGAAAGAAAAGGCUCCAUCAAAUGCAAAAACAUGGAUCCUCUUCUGGAAGUUCUGAUAGUGAAGGAGAAAGCGAUACUGCUGCUUCUGGAGUUCUUUGGGAUAUUGACUUGGAGGAACAGAAAAGAAUGCUUGCGGCAAUAAAAUCAGGUGCAAAUUUUGGAAUGUCAAUGUAUGAUCGUGUUAAACGAAGAUCAUCUCAACGACCUGAUGAAGAAAGAAAAAAAUCGCAGGCUUUGGAACAAUUGCGUGAAAAAAAGACGAAAAAGAAGAAGGAAUUAAAUCGUGUUUGCCUUAGUAGUUCUUCAUCCGAUUCCGAUGAAAGUAGAAAAGAAGAUAAUAAACAAUCUUCUCCGGCUCUUCAAAAUAUUCAAGAAAUCAAAAAGGAAAUGGAAGGGAAUCACGAUCAUUCAGAAAUUGAGGAAAAUGAGGAAUUAGUGGAUGUUGAACGACAAGAUUCAAUCGAACCUGUUAUAAACAAACUACAAGAUUCUAAUAAAAUUAAUUGUCAAAAAACUGAAGUUGUUCCCUCUCUAAUAAGAAGGCCACAAAUUGCUCCAAAAAAGCCAUCAAUGAUGGAAAGAAUUGAAAAGGAAGGUGCUUUUGAAUCUAAAGAAUCCUCUUCAAGUGAUGAAUGGAGUGUAAGUGUUAGCGCUGAUGAAAAAACUGAUAAUGAAGAACCUGGAAGAAUUGGAGAUAAAAUUGUUCAAAAGUUGCAAGCAGAAUUUAUUAAACAUCGUUCUAGUUCACCUCGUUCUGUGGAUGGACACAAAGAUGAUUUGGAUCAGAAAUUGUCUUCCUUAAUUGAAAUAGCCAAAGAAGGACAUCAGCAAUUGAUUACAAAAAAGAUUGGUGCAGACUCUUGUUCAUCUUCUUCUACCUCUUCUGUUUCAAGUACCAGUGGUUCUGACACUUCUGAUGAUGAAGUGCGUUUACCUCCUAAAGGCUUUCCAAUAUUUAAAAAGCAUGUGCCGAAAAUUGCCAAAAUUUCCAUGGUUGAUGUAUUCGGUGAAGAUUCUGACAGUCAAGAAGAACUCGAAAAAGAAAAAUCAAUUGUACAAAAACAACAACCUGUUGUCCAGCACUCAAAGACUGAAAAAGUUCAAAAGAUUAGCAAUGAGGAAGCCGAAAUCAAGAAAAAACCAGAUGUUGGAAAGACCAGUGUUGUUCCAAAUAUUAAACAUAAGCCUAUUAUAUUCAAAAAAGAAUCGACUAAAUUAAAUAAAGAUGAAUCUAUUGCUGUAGAAAAGAAGAUUAUUGACAGAAAAAGAAAACCAUUAGAAGUAGAAUCCUCAAUAUCUGCAAAGAAGAAAUUCGAUAAAAAGGAAGAAAUUAAAAAGACAUCAAACGAAAGUCAUCCAUCAAAAUUGCAAAAUCAGACAUCAAAUUUGAAUGAACAAAUAAUUGAGAGCAAAGAAAAGCCAAGUGAAUCGAACAUGGUCGUUAUAGCUGGUGGCUUUGUUGAAAUUGAAUCGAAAGUAUUAAAAGGACAACAGAGUGAGAAAACUUUACUCCCAGAUCAGAAUCCAAAACAAAGCAAUACUACUCAAAUUUGCAACAAAGACAAAGAAGAGGAUUCUGAUAAAGUCCAACCAAUUGAACAGCAACCUCAGAAAAUAACGCCUGAAAUUUGUGAUUUCCCUAGAGAAAGUGCCGAUCAGGAAGAACUCGAUGCUAUUGCAAGUAUUAACAUUUCUGCUAAACCGAACGAUGAAUAUGACAAAUUAUCUAAAAAUGACUUUGUUUUUGGAGAAAAGAAAGUUAAUGAGAGAAAGAGAAAACCUUCGGAAGACAAAUCUUUCUGCUUAUCUACUCAAAAGAAAUUUGAUAAAUUGGACAUUCAAAAGGCACCAAAUGAAAAUAAAGAACCACAAGCGAAAAAUUCAAAUAAGGUUUGUGCUUCAGAUUUGAAACUUACUCCAUUCACUCCACAUGGUGCUUCUGGCUUGAUAAUUGAGAACAAAGAAAAGAAGAGUGAAUCACAAUCGGUCGUUAUAGCCACUGGCUUUGUUGAAAUCGAUGCUAAAGAGUUAAAGAGACAACAAGAAACUGAAAAGCAAGAAACAAAUCAGACUUCAAAGCAUGUUGUGUGCGACAAACAAUAUUCUUCUACACAACCAGAACAAAAGUCUUCUGAUAUAUUUGAAACAUUUGAAUCUCUGAAGAAGCAUCACGAUAAUUCUGCUGAUCAGGAAGAAUUAGAUGCUAUUGCAAACAUUAACAAUUUUACUAAAUUGAAUGAUGAAUGUGAUAAAUUACCUAAAAAUGACGUUUUUGCUGAAAAGAAAGUUAAUGAAAGAAAAAGUGAACCUUCAGAGAGCGAAUCUUUCGAAAACAUUCAAAGACCCAAUCUAUCUUCUCAACAAAAAUCUGAUGAAAAAGAAGACAUUCCAAAAGCUCAAAAUGAAAGUAAAGAAGAAUCACAUUUGAAGAAUUCAGAUAAGGUUUGCGCUUCAGAUUCAAAACUUUCUUCAUAUACUCCACACAAUACUUCUGGAUUAAUCAUUGAAAGCAAAGAAAAGACGAGUGAAUCACAUGUGGUCGUUAUAGCCACCGGUUUUGUUGAAAUUGAUGCUAAAGAAUUGAAAAGACAACAAGAAAACGAGAAAAAAUCAUUGGAUUUAAAUCAAACUUCGCAGCAUGUUGUUUACGACAAACAAUUUUCUUCUAUUCAACAAGAACAAAAAUCUUCUGAUAUAGUUGCAGUUCAUGGGCAACAAUACGAAAAUUCUGCUGAACAAGAAAAACUUGGCGCUUUUGCAAACAUUAAUAAUUCUGCUAAACUGAGUGCUGAAUUUCAAGAUCCGACUAUCAUAAAUUAUCAUGAACAACAACAAAGCAAUAUUCCUUCUCAACGAAUACCAAUUGUCCAACAACUUCCCGCUGUUCAUCCGCCUCAAGUAUCACAACCACAGCAACAAAAGAUGGUUCUGGAACAACAGAGUACCCAAGCUGAUUAUUGGCAGGGACAAUCAGCUAACAAACCUGAUGAUAAAAUGCUUGUUCAAAUGCAGAAGGGCUUUGCUGAUCAACAGCUCAUGGAAAGAAUUAAUCGCGAGCUGCUCACCCUUAAUGAACAGAAAGUGCAAAAUACCCAACAGCUUUCCGCCGUUCGUACACCUCAAAGUUCCCAACAACCACCGACCGUUCUUCCACCUCAAAUUUCACAAACACAGCCGCAAAAAUUAGUUCAGAUUCAACAGACUCCAAUUACUUGGCAAGGACAAUUAUCUCAAGGGCAGUUAUCUUUGAAGAAUGCUAACUCAUUUGAUUUCGGAAACGAACAGCUUAUGGAAAGAAUGAAUCGUGAACUAGCCACUCUUAAUGAACAGCAAAUGCGAAAUUUCCAACAACUCCCGGCGAUUCAUCAACCUCAAAGUGUUCAACAGCUUCCAGUCGUUCAUCCACAAACAUCACAAACAAAUCAACAAAAUCAGAAGCAACAACAGAGUGUUUGCGGAAAUGAUCAACUUAGGGAAAGAAUGAAUCGCGAAUUAUUCAACCUUAAUGAACAACAAAUACAAAAUUUCCAACAAUUUUCAGCCGUUCAUCCACUUCAAAGUGUUCAACAGCCACAAGCAAUUAAUCCACCUCAAAUCUCUCAAACAAACCAGCAAAAUCAGAGACAACAGACUACCCAGAGUGAUUAUCCAAUUAGUUGGCAAGGACAGUUACCUAUAAAAAAUACUGACACACUUGCUCAAAUACAUAAGGUUUGCGGAAAUGAACAGCUUAUGGAAAGAAUGAAUCGCGAAUUAGUCAACAUUAGUGAACAGAGAAUACAAAGUGUCCAACAGCUUCCAGCCGUUCAUCCACCUCAGAAUGUCCAACGGCUUCCAGCCGUUCCUCAGAAUGUCCAACAGCUUCCAGCCCUACCUCCAACUCAAAAUGUCCAACAGCCACAAGCCGCCUUUCAACCACCUCAAAUCUCACAAACAAAUCAGCAAAAAAUUGUUCAGAGACAACAGAGUACGCAAGGGGGUUAUCCAAUUAUUUGGCAAGGACAGUUAGCUAUGAAAAAUGCUGAUACUCUUGUUCAAAUGCAUAAGGUUUGUGGAAAUGAACAACUUAUAGAAAGAAUGAAUCGCGAGUUGGUCACUCUAAAUGAACAAGGCAUUCCUUUGCUCAGGGUAACACAAAGGAUGCGAUUAGAACAAUCUCAAUUGGAUAAUUUAAUGCGUAAAAUGGAGAAAGAAGAGAACCAUGUUGCCUUAAUUUGUUUACCUUGUGGACGUGAUCGAAAUGAUGUCUCUAUACAAACAGAGAAAAUGGCAACUUCCUUUAUUGAAUAUUACAGUUCCAAGAGUGCUGCAGGAAUUGUUAGCUCGCAUCACCCUCAAGGUUGUGUUGCUCAUAUAUUUCCUCCUAGUGACCUAAGCAGGUCAUUAUUAUCAAAAAAUGCUCCCGAUAUUUUAAGGAAAGUUGAUUUUCUUGGGGCAGGAUAUCUUUUUGUUAUUUUAACAAACUCCUGAUAUUUAUUAUUUUAACAUUUUUUAGACUUCUUAACUUUCAGAUUUUGUAUAUUUUUAUCUUUAUUUUUUUCUCGCAUUUUUCUUCUGCCAUUUCUUUUUUUUAAAUACAUAAAUGUUGUAUUUUUCAUAAUAAUAUAGGAAUAUAUCUUUUUGGUUCUAUAUUUUUUAUUGUUAUAAUUUCCGAUUCCAGUCUCAUUUUUUAUACAAAAUGUUU